AUGCAGCUCUCUCUAGCCCCGUAUCUCAUCUGCCUGCUUGUCCAUGCAGCCUUCCGUGCUGUGGAGGGCCAGGGGUGGCAAGCCUUCAAGAAUGAUGCCACAGAAAUCAUCCCAGGGCUCAGAGAGUACCCCGAGCCGCCUCAGGAGCUGGAGAACAACCAGACCAUGAAUCGGGCAGAGAAUGGGGGGAGACCUCCCCACCAUCCCUAUGACACCAAAGACGUGUCCGAGUACAGCUGCCGCGAGCUGCAUUACACCCGCUACGUGACGGACGGGCCGUGCCGCAGCGCCAAGCCGGUCACCGAGCUGGUGUGCUCCGGCCAAUGCGGCCCGGCACGGCUGCUGCCCAACGCCAUCGGCCGAGUCAAGUGGUGGCGCCCGAGCGGCCCCGACUUCCGCUGCAUCCCCGACCGCUACCGAGCUCAGCGGGUGCAGCUGCUGUGCCCCGGGGGCGCAGCGCCGCGAGCGCGCAAGGUGCGCCUGGUGGCCUCCUGCAAGUGCAAGCGCCUCACCCGCUUCCACAACCAGUCGGAGCUCAAGGACUUCGGCGCGGAGACCGCGAGGCCGCAGAAAGGUCGCAAGCCGAGGCCCCGGGCCCGGGGCGCCAAAGCCAACCAGGCGGAGCUGGAGAACGCCUACUAGGGCGCGCCCGCGCCUCCGCAGCCCCCUCGCGCGCGCGCGCGCGCGAACCGACUGUUUUCAUUGUAAAGCCUGCAGUCCAGGCCCCGGGGCGCCCUAUCUUCCAGGCGGUGCGGAGUCCCCAGCCAA